UUACCUGACUACCUGCAAUUACUCUCUAUUUUUCCUCCCAUUUUCCUUCACUUUCUACCCAACCAAACACCCACAGCGACCAUUCCAAUACUUCGUUUCAAAAAAAAAAAAUACAAGAAAUGGGUAUCGAAAACAGUGACUGUGUGAAUCUCGUUUUCACGUACGGCACCUUGAAACGCGGCUUCUCCAAUCACGUGCUCCUCCAAGAUCUGAUGCGAACCGGCGACGCCGUUUUCAAAGGCUCGUAUCGUACCCUGGAGAAAUACCCGCUCGUUUGCGGGCCUUAUCGAGUCCCUUUCCUCCUCAACAUGUCCGGGUCGGGUCAAUUUGUGAUGGGCGAGCUGUACGCCGUGUCGGCCCGGGGACUUGCUCGCGUCGACGAGUUGGAAGGCACGAGUCGAGGGCAUUACGAGCGGAGGCCCAUCCGGCUGACGCCGGCCGGAAACAAAGAGAAGGGAGGGGAAGAGUUGUUAGGGUGCAGCGGGGAGCUAACGUGCGCGACGGAGGCGUAUUACGCGCACGAGAGCUACGAGGAAGAGAUGUGGAACAAGAACGGGAGAAAAGGGUUUGAGAUGUAUUCGAAGAAGGAAGCCGAAGGUUAUGUGAAGCGUAAAGAUAGGCCUCAAAAUCUCAGUUUCUUGGACCAUAUUAGGAUUUUCGUUUCUUCUCCUUCUGAUUAAUUUCACGGACAAAAUAAACUUUGAGAGAAUUUGGAUGCUUUGAUGCUUGCAAUUUGUUAUGAACUUAUUCUCGGGUGUUUUCUUUCUUCAAUUCUAAUUUCCAAUAUGUAAGAAAUUCCACUGAGAAACCAGAUUCAUUUCUCAAGAUUGUUGCCAAAUUUCUUUCAUGUAUAAAUUCUUGAAUUUGGCAAUUGGAGUUAGUUUUUUCAUGCUGAAAAUUAAUGUAAUAUUUUUUUGGG